CCGAGCGACUGAGAGAUUGGCGGCCGCGGGGUUCUGAAGCUGGAGGACCGACCAAACUGGGCUCUCGCGGAGCCGGGACCAGUGGACAUGGCUGGGACAGGUGCCCUCGUCUGCGCCUCUGCGGGGAAUGGCGCGUAACCCGGAGGAUUUCAGGGGCUAGAAGGAUUGUAGGCUGAGCUCGGAGCGCAAAUGGUCUGGGCGCUCGGAGAGGGACAGGCCAAACCCAGCGAAACCGAGAUGGCCUCCUCCGACUCCUUUCUUCCAAGGCAUGCCAAAAGUCGGUUUUGGUAAUGUUGAGGAGGGGUAGGGAGAGAGUGAUAAUUCUGAGGAAAACUUCUCUAUUAAUGAGGAAGGAUGAGCUCCAUGUGGGCAGAAUUCAAAUGAUGUGGACAGCGCUGUGAAGGAGCCACAGGCAGCCCCUAGAGCCUUAGAGAUGGCACCAAAAACCAAGAAGGGAUUGAAAGGCUCCAUAGAUGAUGUCCUUGGUGACCUCCUAGGGGAUGACAUGACAUCACCUGAGAAGCCUGUUAAACUAGCUUCACGUGCCAGAGACGCCACAGGUGUAGCUCGGGUGCUCCCUUCCUCGAGGGCUAGAACAAAGUCCCUCCUAGAAGACGAUGCCUUCAGCACCAUGGCAGGCUUUGCAGGAGCUGAUGCUGAGGUUUCAGACAUCUCUGAUGCAGACCCACAAGCUUUGCUCCAGGCCAUGAAGGAUCUGGACGAUAUGGAUGCAGAUCUCUUAGGUCUGAAGAAGUCUAAUCUAGCCUCUAGUAAAAGAGCUGCAAAGAGUUCUGGGAAAGAAGAGCUGCCUAGUGAUCCCAAUGAGAAAGGGGACGCCCUUCCCACCAAGAAGCCACCUCCCUCUCCCAACAGCUUUGGACAUCAGUACAGGAAGUUUCCCUUUGAAGACUUAGAAGACCCAUUGGCAGGACUUCUCUCCGAUGAUGAGGAAGGAAGCACCAAGAAGCCACCCAGAACGGAGAGCAAAACAGCUUCUGAAAAGAGCCCAGCCCCAGUCAGAGAUCAAGGUCCCUCUAUUCCUCUAACUCCUGAGGACACCGCCAUCCGAAAGAAAGAAGAAUUGCUGUUUGACGACGGGGACGACCUCAUGGCCACCCUGGGGUUUGGAGACAGCCCCAAAGCAGAGAGGAAGCCGACGGGAGACCAGGAAGGGCCCCGCCCCGCUCGCUCCAAGCUGGAUGAGCUGCUGGGUCGAGGCUCUGCCACCAAACUCCUGGCCCGCCCGGGCACCGGGGAGCACAGGGAGUUCAAGCUGGACAAGAAGUACCAGAGGCCUCAGGACAAAGAAGAUCCUGGGGUUGACGAGGACUUCACCUUUGGGGCCUAUCGGCCCACCGUGGGCUCCUCUGAGGGCCGGCAGUCCCGCCGGCAGUCGGUCAGUAGGUUCUUAGCAGAAAGUGGCACAGACCCCAAGGGAGAACCAGACUCCAAACAGAGCACCCCAGCAGCAUUCAGCCCCACCCACCCCAGGAAGGGAGGAGCUGACUGGUUGGGCCUCAAGGACGACGACUCGGACCUGCUCCCUCUCUCUCCCACCAGAGAGGCUCGAAGGGGAGGCUCUGCACUCUCUACCCGCUCAGUACCCCCUUCUGCGAGCCAGCAUUUUGCCCCAGGCCAGCACUCUGCCCCGGCUGGGUUGCCCUCCUCCUCCUCAGGUGCAAAGCCACCAACCAAGAGUGCAGGUUCCCCUGCCAAAGCCAGCCAGCCAUCCAAGCUGGGAGCAUCUGAAGAGAAAGAGGAGAGGGAUUGGCUGAGCCAUGCCUUGUCUCGGAAGAAGUCCCAAGGUCUGGCCAGAGAGGAGCGUGCUGCGGCCUCUAAGGGCCAGAACUUGGUGGAGGCAGUGGGCCAUCCCCCUUCCAACAGCGAACCUGUUGCUGGCACUCAGGGGCUCGAGCAAGCAGCUGCUGGAGGGACCUCAGGAAUAGCAGCACAAAAGCCACCUGCCAGGCCUGCUGGCGUGGGGUCCCCUGUGACUUGGAACCACGCCGCCUUUGUCCUCCGUGCAGGUGACCCAAAGAGGGGAACAGCCCCUGGAGACCUCUCCGAGCCUGUGGUUGGUUUCCCGAGCUCCCAGGAACCCACAGGGCUUUCUGUGCCUGUCCAGUCCCUGCUCCCGGAGUCCCCGGCACGGAGCCUAAUGCCAGGCACAGAAUACCAGAAGCAGCUCCUGGCUGCACAGGCGCAGCUUCAGAGUGGCACUGCUGAGCUCCAGGCUGAGCUUCUGCAGAGCCAGGCCCGGCUGGCAGAGCUAGAGGCCCAGGUGCGGAAGCUGGAGCUGGAGCGGACGCAGCACAAGCUGCUACUGGAGAGUUUGCAGCAGCGACACCAGGAAGACCUGGAACUCAUCGAGAGUGCUCACAGAAGCCGCAUCAAGGUGCUAGAAACAUCAUACCAACAACGGGAAGAGCGGCUGCGGAGAGAGAACGAGGAGCUGUCCACCCGGUGUCUGUCGCACUGCCAGGAAGCCGAGCAGGCUCACGCCGAGCUCACAGCCCAGCACCAGCGGCGCCUGGCAGCCACCGUGCAGGAAAAGGACCAGGAGAUGGAGCGGCUCCGGGAGCUGCAGCGGGCCUCCAUCCUGGAGAUGCGCAAGGACCACGAGGAGCAGCUGCAGCGGCUGAAGCUGCUGAAGGACCGGGAGAUUGACGCCGUCACCAGUGCCACUUCCCACACACGGUCCCUGAAUGGUAUCAUCGAGCAGAUGGAGAAGUUCUCCAGCAGCCUGACUGAGCUGUCCUCCCGCGUGGAGGCCUCCCACCUCACCACCACCCAGGAGCGGGAGCUGGGGAUCCAGCAGCGGGACGAGCAGCUCCGAGCACUGCAGGAGAGGCUGGGCCGGCAGCAGCGGGACAUGGAGGAAGAGCGGAGCCGACUCCAAGAGGUCAUUGGGAAGAUGGAGGUGCGCCUGAACGAGCAGAGUCGGCUGCUGGAGCAGGAACGCUGGCGGGUGAGUGCCGAGCAGUCCAAGGCAGAGUCCACGCAGCGUGCUCUAGAGGAGCAGAGGAAGGUCAUGGUCCAGCAGAUCGCCAUGGAGCGGGAGGAGUUGGAGAGGGCCAAGAGUGCCUUGCUGGAAGAGCAGAAGUCUGUCAUGCACAGGUGUGGAGAGGAGCGGCGGCGCCUGGCAGCCGAGUGGGCUGAGUUCUUUGCACAGCAGAAGCUGAGUAAGGAGCGGGCCGAGCGUGAGGCAGAGCGGGCGCUGCAGGUGGAUACCCAGCGGGAGAGCACCCUCAUCAGCCUGGCCAAGGAGCAGGCGGAGCUAAAGAUCAAGGCAAGCGAGCUCCGGGCCAAGGAGGACCAGCUGGCGGCUGAGAGGGAGGCCCUGGAGCGGGAGCGGCAGGAGCUGCGGCUGGAGAAGGAGAGGGUCAGCGCCGCCGCCCUGCGCACACGGCUCCGCGCCGAGGAGGUGGAGAGCAUGAGCCAGGUGGCCUCAGAGAAGUAUGAGGAGGGGGAGCGGGCGUUGCGCGAGGCCCGGCAGGUGCAGUCAGAGCAGCAGGCCCGACUACAGCUGGUGCAGCAGCAGCAGGAGCGGCUGCGGCAGCAGGAACAGCACGUGCACCAGGCAAGGCUCCUCCCCACUCUGGCUCCCCCACCCCCACCAACCCCACCAGCCUCCCAUUCCCACGGCUGUGUCCUUCUGCUCUGCGGACAGGAGCAUCUGAGUCUGGCCCAGCAGAGGCUGCAGCUGGACCAUGUCCGACAGGACCUGCCUUUUGGCCCCAUGGGGCUGCUCCCUAGGACCCAGGGCCUGGCAGCCUCUGGCCUGAGUGCCUUUUCAGCCGUCGUGGCUUCUGCUCCCACCGCUCCUCAGUGUAGCCAGCCUCCGGCCCGCCUGGGCCCCUCAUACCUCCACGCCAAGCUGGUGCUGCUGAAACACACAGCUGAGCAGGACCGUGACUUCUUGGAGAAUGAACAGUUCUUCCUGGAGACCCUGAAGAAAGCCUCCUACAAUAUGACAUCACAUUCAGCCUGAAGGGCCUCACUGCCUCCUCAAUGGAGGCCUCAGACCUGAGAACUCUCUCCCACCGCCCCGCUGGCUGCCAGCUCCAAGGAGGGGGUGCCCAGGGAAAGCUCUGCGAUGCCCAGGGCCUGAUUACAGCUCUUUCUGUGGACAGGGUACAAGUGUUCUUUCUGAGUGCUCCAGCCCAGGGGGUUCAAGGCACAACGGCCUCUGGGGAACCAUGACACCAAAGGUGUCUCAGUCCCACAACACUGUCGGCCACGGCUUUGGCUCCCUUGCCCACAGAUGUCCAGCUCAGAUCCGAGGGUGUGACUGGGCUCUGGGUCUCUCCCCUCCUUGUCAGGCAGAGGGUUUGUGGAUCUUUUCUCCUGGGCCUCUUCUGAGGCAGGGGGUCUUGAGGGAUGCCACAAGCAGCCUCUUGCCCUCCCCGCCUGAGAGUCUGGCAGACAGCACAGGGUCUCCUCCCUAAUGGGGACAUAAGAGUCAGGCCAUACAUUUUGAAGGGCCUUCUAGCCUCAGGGCCGAGGGGGUGGGACGUGAUGCGGGGGCAGUGAGGGUGCCACACCCAGCCAGGUUUUCUCUCGAAGUCUGACAGGCUCUUGGGACUCAGCCAGCCCUUCAUGCUCUCAGGUUGGCUCACACACAGUCCCCGCCUUGUUCCCAGCUGCCUGAUAACUGACUUGCUCGCACGGACGCUGACCUCAUCGGCUUCUUCUAAGAGGCUCCCCAGAGGCAGGAGUAGGGGGCUGUGGGUGACGGUGGGGGUGUGAGGAGGGACAAGAGAGAAGGUGUCUCUCUGGCUGUUCACCUGUCAUGAAGCCACAGCCAAGUGCAAAUGAUGAUAGAGCAAGAGCCUCUGCCCUGGGAGGAUACGCAGCGCUGGGGAACCGUGAGGGGCUGCACCCAGACUGCGGCCUGGUGGGGGUGGCCUUUACUUUUCUCCACGUGUAGGUGGUGGGCCAAGUCCAGUUGGAAGGGUGCCAGGAGAGGGGCAGGGAGGUUGGUAGUUGUCCCCAGCUGACCCAAGGACAGAUGGACUCAACUAAUAAAAUCACAGUUACUUCUAAAGAGGCUUCUCUCAGCAAUUUAUCACCUUCCAUCAGAGGAAAACAUCAGAGUGAGCAAGCAGGAAGACAGAGGAGCACAGUGCUAAGAGGGUGUGAGCGGGCACAGUCUGGGUCUCUGCUCUUUCAGAAUGACUUUCAGAGCGAUCUUAUUUCUUUACCAACAAUUUACAGUCUUCUUCUUGGACCCAUUAAAUUGCUGUAUUCUUAA